GUUUGAGAAGAAAUCAUUGGCUUAAUUAAAAGGGCUCAGGACUUGAGGACUCGGGAAGGCCGUCUGAAAUCGUUUAUAGGGUUCCGUCGUCUCCGAUCUCAGCAAAGCUCUCACCAUGUCGACCAACACAAAAUUCAGCGUUUACGUAGGUAGUUUGGACGAGCGGGUGAGUGAUAGAGUGUUAUAUGAUAUUCUAAUUCAGGCAGGGAGGGUAGUUGACCUGCACAUCCCUCGAGACAAGGAAACCGACAGGCCUAAAGGUUAUGCUUUUGCAGAAUAUGAAACUGAGGAGAUUGCUGAGUAUGCUGUUAGGCUUUUCUCCGGUCUUGUGACUCUCUACAAUCGAACACUCAAGUUUGCGAUUUCUGGGCAAGACAAGCCUUCACCUAAUGUUGCUUCUACAGUAAUGCCCACAACCAAUGUUUCUAACAAAUUGAGGUCUCCCCCUGUACCUAUUAACAAUGUAGAAAACUUGCAGAAUUCAAUGAGCUUAUCAGCACCCUGCAAAAUUCCAGCUUAUGCAGAAACUUAUCCCUCAGUGCCCAUUCCCCCUGGUGUAAAUAACCAAUCUAAUGGAUUACAUUUGAAUGGCAACAAUUUCGAGUAUAGUCGAAGAGUUAUUGGGGCAACAUUGGAUACCAUUAGUCGCCCUAGGUCACGCCGCUAUGAUAUGAGUAAUCCAAUUUCCUAUCCGUCCUACUAAAAUUAAAGAAUGAAGAUUAUAGAUACCUCCAUGGCUAAUUUUCCUGAUAAAUUAUUAAACUGAGGUAUCUUAUGGUUAGUGGAUGCUACAUUAAGCUAGUUUGGUCUGUUAGUAUGCCAGUUUAUAGGUGUACCCAGGUAUGUAUAUUUGCUGUACUUCUUGUUGUACUUUCUAUGUUUAGACUUGGUAAAGUGUAGUUGAAUUGUCUAAUUAUGCUUCCCCUUUAGAAGGCUGAACUUUGGAACUCCUGAAAGCGAAAGCAAAUUUCUCAUAUGAUUGCUUGUUUA